UUCCGGAGAUGGGUCGGCGCCUCGGCUGAGCCAAGCCCCGCGCCCGUCUCCGCUGCGUUCGGGCAGGGCUCUCGCGGACGCGGAGCGCCCGACGACGGACCGAGGCCAUGGCUGCGGCCAUCGCCAGCGGCUUGAUCCGGCAGAAGCGCCAGGCGCGCGACUUGCAGCACUGGGACCGGCCCUCGGCCAGCAGGAGGCGCAACAGCCCCAGCAAGAACCGCGGGCUUUGCAAUGGGAACCUGGUGGAUAUCUUUUCCAAGGUCCGCAUCUUUGGCCUCAAGAAGAGGAGGUUGCGGCGCCAAGAUCCCCAGCUCAAGGGUAUAGUGACCAGGUUAUAUUGCAGGCAAGGCUACUACUUGCAAAUGCACCCUGAUGGAAGUCUCGAUGGAACCAAGGAUGAGAGCAGUAAUUCUACAUUGUUCAACCUUAUACCAGUGGGACUUCGAGUUGUCGCUAUCCAGGGUGUAAAAACAGGCUUGUAUAUAGCCCUAAAUGGAGAAGGGUUCCUUUAUACGUCAGAACUUUUUACACCAGAAUGCAAGUUUAAGGAGUCUGUUUUCGAAAAUUAUUAUGUAAUCUACUCAUCAAUGCUCUACAGACAGCAAGAGUCAGGAAGGGCCUGGUUCUUGGGGCUCAAUAAAGAAGGCCAAGUCAUGAAAGGAAAUAGAGUGAAGAAAACAAAACCAGCAGCGCAUUUUCUACCGAAGCCAUUGGAAGUUGCCAUGUAUCGAGAACCAUCUUUGCAUGAUGUUGGAGAAACAGUGCCAAAGGCUGGGGUGACUCCAAGUAAAAGCACAAGUGCAUCGGCAAUAAUGAAUGGAGGCAAACCAGUUAACAAGAGUAAGACAACAUAGCCAGAUCCUCAUGGGUAUUGUGACUUAUUGAGCUCUCUUAAGUACGGCUGAGCAUUUUAUCCUUGCAAGACUUUCUCACUCUGGUGUCUGCGGAUCAGCUGGAGGCAAGCAAAUGCUUGCUCUUCACUCGUCCCAAACUAGGUUAUUGCAAGCGGAUAAAUCUCAACCCGUAUCUCCUCCUACAGCAAAGAAGACACCUGGUUAACCAGCUGAACUCAGACCAUGGAAUGCCCUACCAGAUAUGGAAUGCCUUUUUAAUAUCUUUUCUGUGACUGUGACACCUCAUGUGAAUGACAUACUUCACAAGUACACUUGAUAUCCUGCCUGCUGACAAGUUACCCAUAACCCCCCUUUUGAGUCCAGGAAACCCAUGUGUUUUAAGUUCAAUUUUGUAGCACACAAAAUAAGUAAUUUCUAGAUAGAUGCUGUUAACCUGUGCUAUUAUGAAUUUUCUCUUCUUCCCCCUUUUUUACAAGGCUGCUCGCUCUGCUGUUUGUGUGACUCCUUUGCAGGGAUUGUGUUUCUCUCAGAGUUAAACGUUGCUGGUGGCUUAGUUCUGAAAAGCAAUCAGGGAAUCAGGGGAGCUGUCGAAACCCUAUUCGGAAUUAUACCUGUCAAGGAAUAGGAUCAUUGUCUCAGAUGUACAAAUGGGGAUUCGGCAAGGAUACUCUCUAGUGUGUUCUUGAGUUUGGCAUUACUGAGAAGGGAAAAACAUCAAACAUGGCCGGUCAACAAUCUCUCGAGGCCAAUGUUUGACAUCCCCUGGCAGUUUCUUUUUGUGUGUGUGUUUUAUACAUAUCACAGGCUUACUGGUAAUGGUAACAUUUGCCUUGCCCAGCGAGCAAGACCCACACAUUUUUGGGAAAGUGGGUCCAAAGAACUCUGUAGGCCUUGUAGGCCUGAACUAAGGCUCAUUUUUCAUCUACUAGUCCUCAUUAUUUGAAAGUUAAAGGGAAAAAAUUAAGAUGAAUGAAAAUUGCGCUACCUAAGUCCAUUUCAAAACAAUAGAAUCCUUCCUGUUUUUAAUGAAUGGAACGUAAUCCCAUCCUUAUUUUUUUUGGCUGUAGUCCACUCUCUUACUCAGCAAAGCAUGGGCAAGGAAGUUAUUGUGUUCUUUUUUGCAGCACCAAUGCAAGGGGUAGAAUAUACUUUAAUACUUUCAGUGUUUUAAAAAAAGAGGGGAGUUUUUCAGUGGGACAUAUUUAAAGAGUUCCUUUGUGUUUCUUUCUAAAAAAGCUCAGCAUGCAGAGUUUAAUGCUCUCUAUAUAAUUUCAACAGUACCACAUUUCCAGUCCAGCUUUUUAGGAUAAUAUAUGCCCACCAAAUUGCUAGGUUUACGGUGCCUUGCCUUGAUCUCAGUAUUCUUUCCAUUGUACUACAUGAACCUAGGAAAAUUCUAAAACGAUUACAAGGCUAAGAACUUUUACCAUUUGAUUGCUUAAUAAAACGAAUACUGUUGAUAUUUCCUGGAUAUCAGUUUAAGAGUGGGGUUGAAGCCAAUUGAGAAAUGAAAUGACAAAUGGUCACAAGUCUUAGGAGACAUGAGAAAAAUGCUGUAAAGAUGUUAAGUAAAUUGGUAAAGAACUUGAAAGUGCUGAUUAAAAAACUUGAUAAAAGCAGAAGGCAUGCUAUGGACCAAAAUGUACCUCAGUUCUGGAAAACCAUGUAUUAGACUAUUUGGUGUUCAUUUUCAUGUUUUCCCCCCUCAUUUCAUUUUUGAGACUGUGUUUUCAGAAUGGCUUUUAAAAAUUGGUUCACAUUUACAUAAAUUAUGAUCUGUUCAAUUGUUCAGCCUGCUUAGGUAGUCAACUAGAUUGAACAUUGCUUAACUCUUGACGCUUACAAGAUUUUCAUAACAGCUUCUAUUUUAAUAAGCAAACACUUGAUAUACAUCCAAGUAGGUUAUGUGAUGUUGCUUAAGUAGAAAUAUACAAUGUAAGCAUUCAGACCAAUUUUUUUGUUUUAUUUCCAUUUAAGACAAGAGACUGUUUAAGGUUGGUUCUUUUUAACCAGAAGAGUGAAGCACAUAAAAUGAUGCUCAAUUUUCCAAGCGCUUAAAAAGACAUAAGAAGAAGAAACUAAAGAGGUGUUUUAAAGCAGUGAAAACGGUAUGUGCACAAAAAUAAACCCUGAGCAUCCUUUUACCCCGUGGCUUUCUCAAAACACUCUCUUGUGUUCUCUACCACAUAGGGACAAAAAGGACCAACUUCCCCUGCAUUAAUUGGAUGUUCAGGGUGAUCAGCAGGUGGUGUAGCCUUCUCAUGCAGGUACACUUAUGUGCAAGGGCUGUGUAGUAAAUACUGAAACUGAAGGUCUCUAAACUAUCCAUACUUUGCUCUAAAAUGUGAAAUGUUUUGUGUUAUUCUCUAAAGACUCAGUUCCAGCAGCCUGCUGACUUUCAUUCUAAAUAGACAAUUAAGUUUCUAUACUGUGCAACUGGAAUUAAAACGAAACAAAGUUAUAAAACAGGAAAGCAAAAUAAAAAAGGUGUGAAAUGUAUUCUUUUUGCUAAAUUUUGGAAUCAGUUUUGUAUUAGUGGAUGAAUGGGAGAGGCAGGUGUUGGGUAUACAGUUGACUUUAGCACUGGGGAGUAUGAAGAUAGUAUCGUAUCUGGUCAGAUCAUGCAACUGAUUUUAUAAGGCCAGCAUAGAAAAAUAAAAUUUCAUCCCUACUGCAUCUUAAUCCAGACUGCACUCAUCACAGUAUAGUCUGUUGGGUCUACCCUGCACUGUCAACUCUUCAUCUUUUCAUCUAUGGAGAAACUCAUGAGACAUAAUCAAAGUUCUGCAAAAUGGGAUCAAUAUCCUUUGAAACACAACAAUUUAAUUUCCAACAUGCAAACUCAUGUUGCCAAGCCAACUGGUUGAGAGUGGCUAAUAUAAUGUUAAGGCUGAGUUUAUUUUUGUAAUGUGAAUGGUUGGCGCUAUGCUGUAAGUAAAACACACAAUGUCACCUUUGGUGGUCUCUUCUGUGUCUGGACGGGUCUUAAACCAACUGAGAACCUGUUUCAGCACAAAGGAGAGGAUUCAUUGUUUCUUGUGCUUCAGUUACUCCUUUAGGUUUGUCUCUUGUCUCAUCUGUUGCAUGGGAAGAGGAUGGUAAUGAUGAACUGCAUGUCGUAGGCUAUAUGUAUCAGACCUGUUGGUAUGUACUGCUAAACUGACAUACAUAUAAGCAAUGAGUUUGUCUGCAUUGUACAGUUUGUGUUUAUUACCAUUUUGUUGUAUACACAGAUGCAACAUAUUGAAUAAAAUAUUUGUAUGAAGGCAUAUUAAAAAACCCCAACAUUUGAUAUUUUACCCCCCCAAAAAAGUUGUGCAAAGUAACAUUGCAUUGGCAGCAGUAUAACAAAACAUCAUGUACAUAGUUUGGCAAAACUCAAUUCUCUCUCCUUUGACCAUGCCAAAGAAAAUUUUAGCUCCUUAAUCUAUUACCUCUCUUGCUGUUUUCCAGGACAACAUGUAGCCAUUUUGUUUCCUCUCAAAUUAAUUUCUGUCAAGCAAAACUUUCUUUUCAACUGUCUGUUACUUGCUAAAGAAAUGUACCAGUAAACUUGAUGGAAUCAA